GUACUGUCCUUUCACUUUCAGUUGUAAAGCUUAAGAAUUACUAUGUGAAUAGCAACAUCACCACAACAUUAUCAUGUUCACAUGUAUGUUUUGUGAUGUUAUGCAGGAAAAAGAAAACAACACAUUGAUUAAUGGUCCGUUAACCCAUUAGGCAAAUACCAAGGGCACCAUCUUUUUGUACUAGGUGCAAAUUUUCCAAGCCAAUUUUACUUGGGACAAACGUUGCCUUUUUUCAACAUUUUUCUCAAAACUUUUCUACAAUUAUGACAUAUGUAUCGUAUUUUCUGUUGUUUAGAAUGCAUCUGUUGUCUAUAAUCAAGUGAUGUCUGGGGCCUGUUGCAUAAAUUGCUUUGACUAGUAGCUAUUAAAGGGUUAGUUCACCCAAAAAAUGAAAAUAAUGUCAUUUAUUACUCACCCUCAUGUCGUUCUACAGCUGUGAGACAUUCGUCCAUCUUCAGAACACAAAUUAAGAUAUUGUUGAUGAAAUCUGAUGGCUUAAUGAGGCAUUCAAACUCUCAAGGUCCAUAAAGGUACUAAAAACAUAUUUGAAACAGUUCAUGUGAGUACAGUGGUUCUAUCUUAAUAGUAUAAAGCGACAAGAAUACUUUUAACGACAUUUCAACAAUAUCUAUUUGGGCCGAUUUCAAAACAAUGAGCUUUCUGAGCUUUAUGAAUCUUUUGUUUCGAAUUAGUGAUUCGGAUCUCCUAUCAAACUGCUAAACUGCUGAAAUCACGUGACUUUGGCGCUCCGAUACACUGAUUCGAUUCGUAAAGCUCUGAAGCAUUGUUUUGAAAUCGGCCCAUAUAGACAGGCAUGUGCACACAUAGACAUAAAAGGGGCUUGAGCCCCUGCCCUUUUUCUUCCUCGAGAGAAAGUGCCCUUUUUUUUUUUUUAAAUAAAUUAACAUAUAUUCUUGUUUGCGCACAGCUUCCAUGUCAAACAAAUAUAUUUAGGCUACUGAAAAAAAAAAAAAAACUAUAUCAGGUCGGCUUUGUCGAGUUCAGAUGCCCUCCCUCCUCGACACGCCAUUCAUUCCCGCACACAUGCGCGCCACGCCCCACCUCGUGUUUGCUGCUGGCUGAAAACUUGUGACAACUAUGCCCGGGAAAAUGCAACUGCUGUCUGGCGAUGAGAAGCGAAAAAGAAAAAAGCCCUAGAUGGAUCCAUCCCGUGCAUUUCUUUUAGGUAGCCUAUGUAUCUUCUCAAACAUGUGAAUUAUUUUAAUGUGCUAUGCAUUGCGUUUUGAACCAUGGUAGGGCUGUCAAUACCAGAAGAGGAGAAUUCCACGGACGAGCAUCCAUGAACCGCAUUAUUCCAAUUAAAACUAUUUAAAAAUCAUAAUACCGCAUUACAUAAUGCUAUUCUUAAAUCUACGCUUACACAGGAUAAUACAUCAAUAAAAGUUUAAACCCUCGCUCUGUCUUUCCAUGUUUGAUGUCCACAUAUUCUUGUUGAAGAAAUAACAGUGGCUGUAGCAUUUCUAUAAAAAAAAGUGUCCGAAUAUUAUUAUUUAACUAAUAAUAUAUUUUUAAUUAUGGUGGUUGGCUUUGAUCUUGCUGUGCGGUGUAACAACAAAAAUCAGCAGGCAUUUGGCGCCCUCUGCAGGCAUUUGUUGUAAUAUAUAAUGUAUUUAUAACAUUUCAGGGGGAAAAAACUCUUGAUGUGUUUAAAUAUGCAGAUUUGCUUGUUUUGGUUAAUUUAGAAGAAAUCUACAGAUGCAAACAGACGGAGGAUAGUAGGCUUAAAACAAACACCGUCUAAAUGUGUAGGGUUAGGGUUAAGUUUUCUUUCCAUUAGAGUAAAAGACAUGGAAGCAAAAAUGGACCACAAUCUUAAAAUUGUCCGCUACAUGAAAGAAGUAUUCCAAUAACACCAAAAAAAUUAAAACGAUUUAUUGAUUUGUGCAAAAUAAACAAAUUAUUAGUGAAACUUUGUCCCAUCUCCUUGCAGUCAUUUAUUCUAAAUAUAUAGCUACUUGAAAAUAGUUGCUGUUGCCUUCUCUUGUGAUAAACCUAUUGAAUACUAAAGAAGACCAUGGUCUCUGUGUGAACUGAUUAUUUUGUAGAAACCUGUGGAGUAUAAAACAAUUGCGUGAGUGUAAGGGAAUUAAAAUAAAUUGGUAAGGAAGUCAAAAUUGUCUUAAUAUAUUAAAGGGUUUAUUACUUUUUUAAAUAAAUAAUUAUGAGAAGUGCCCUUUUUUCCACUUGAGCCCCUGGCCCCCAAAAUGUCUGUGCAGGUCCCUGCAUAUAGAUAUUGUUGAAGAGUCUUUAUUUUGUUUUUUUGGCGCACAAAAAGUAUUCUUGUCGCUUUAUAAUAUUAAGAUAGAACCACUGAACUCACAUGAACUGUUUCAAAUAUGUUUUUAGUACCUUUAUGGACCUUGAGAGUUUCAAUGGCUUUGCUCUCAACAGAGGCCUCACUGAGCCAUCGGAUUUCAUCAACAAUAUCUUAAUUUGUGUUCCAAAGAUGAACGAAGGUCUUACGGCUGUUCAUUUUUGAGUGAACUAACCCUUUAAAAGCUAGACGUCUAAUUUUUUUUUUAAAAAGUUAAAUAAAAACUUGAGUUUGGUCUUCUUUGAGAACGAAAAGUAAGACUGAUUAUAUCUUGGCUAACUGCCGUUUGUCCAGACUACUUUUAACUGGACCCUGAUUCUUGAAUGAAUCACUUGAGUCGGUUCUUUUCCAUGAAUUGGUCAAAAGGGGUAGCAAAAAGGUUUACUCACUCACACAGUGAAUCGUUUAGAGCUGUUUCUCACUUGGUAACAGCCCAAAACAAAAAAGAAAGAAAGCUGAACGAAGUGAAUAUGAACAUACAGUCAAAACAAACCUGCUAAAAUGCAAUAACGUUACCUUAAACCAGUACGCACGAAUUGUGAACGACUCGACAGCAGGUAAAGACAUUUUCCGAAUUCGUGUCAACACAUGAAAACACUAAAACUACCGUUAGUAACGUUAGGGAUACGUCUCGUCAAGGAUUCUGUUUAUAUUUAUAUUACAUGUAUUGAUUUGGCAGACACGUUUAAAGGUGCUUUAUGUAAGAAUGACAGCUAGUGGUGGAAAUGGGCACUGCAGUCCAAAUUCAAAAUAUUGCUUGCCCCGCCCCCUCCUCCUCAGACUUUGCGGGGUGGCAAAAUACUAUUGGGUAAAUUGUCAACGUGCGGUCUUGCACAGAACAAAACAAAAACAGAAAUUCCGACAAGGAACGCAAAUUUCAAAGUAAAAUAACUGGCUGUAGCAGUGGUUUUUAGAGAAACGACUAUGUGAACUCAGCAUGUUUAAUAAAUAUCUGCAAACAUAUGGUAUUUUUAUGCUUUAGUAAGGUCAAAAACUUACAUAGAGCACCUUUAAAUCCAAAUAACUUGUAGCGCAAUUCAGUUUAUAAGUAGGGUUUUUGUGUUCCCUGGGAAUCAAACCCAUGACUUUGGUGUUGCUAAACCUGAGCUAAAGGUAUAUAUAUGUUUAUAUGCCCUACUGUAUUUAGUCUGCAUGAGAGCUAAGCUAUUAUUAUUAAUAUGAUCAUUAUUAGGCUAUUACACUUGUUUCUCAUUAGACUGAAUAACUUUUUUUUUGCUCUUUGUAGAAGAAAAUUAAAAGGAGAAACUGUUUUUAUGCCCUGCCACAUGGCGGGAAAAAUAUUACCAUUAUUAGCCUAUCAUUAUUAGCCAUUUCCUUAGAAUGUAUAUUCCCAGGCCCACCAACAAAAAUAUGUCAUAAGAAUGUUUUGCUAAUGUUAUUAAGUUAUGAACAUAUUUGUUUAAUGUUUUCUAAACGUACCGUUUUAAAAAAUGUUUUAUUAAUGUUUUUCUUAGUUAUGCAAUCAUUCAGGAAACAUUCCAAUUUAUCAAUCUGUAGACAUUUUUGGAACAUUGAUUUUUAAUGUUCUCUGAAUAUUCUGAAACGAGGAGUAACAUUCGAAAAAACUAAAACGUUUCAGAUAAACACAUAACAAUCUAUAGGCUAAAUAAAAUUUUUGUGCUAAUGUUUUGAGAGCCCUAGCUGGGGGACCACCUAUUUAAAGGGUUAGUUCACCCAAAAAUGACAUUUCUGUCAUUAAGUACUCACCCUCAUGUCGUUCUGAUGUAGAACACAGAAGCCUGCACUGCGUUCACUACAUCAACUGCGUAUGACAACAGUUCAAAUAGUUAAAUAAAGUCUUUAUUUUUGUUUUGUUUUUGUGCACAAAAAGUAUUCUCGUCGCUUCAUAACAUUAAGGUUGAACCACUGUAGUCACAUUGACUAUUUUAACGAUGUCUUUAAUACCUUUCUGAACCUCAAAAGGUGCAAUGACGUUGCUGCCUAUGUGUGGUUCAGAAACCCUCGGAUUUCAUCAAACAUCUUACAUUUGUGUUCCGAAGAUGAUCGAAGGUCUUAUGGGUUUGGGACGACAUGAGGGUGAGUAAUUAAUGACAGAAAUUUCAUUUUUGUGUGAACUAACCCUUUAAUGUCUAUGCUGUUCAUAUGUGAGAAAUAUUCUAUAAAACAUUUCUUCAGACUCUACUUCUUUCUUUUGUGUUACUUAUCCAAUUAAUUUGAUCUUGUUUCUGGUAUAUGCAUGUAACGUUAAUAACUAUAUCUCUCCCCUCCUCUUUCCUGGUGCUAUCAUUUUCCUUUAGUCUGCUUUUUUUUUGCAUCACUCCCCCUAUUCUUAUCUGUUAUGUUUCUGCGGUUUUUGUCUCUCUCUUGAUCAUGGCUCUCAAACCACUUUGCUCAUUAUUGCAUUUGGCGCAUUGAUGACUUUGUUCACCAAUUUGUAUUGAGUCCCAUCCAUUUCCUCAGUCUCUUUCUCUCUCCCCCCUUUUCACUCUGUACCCUCCCUUCAUCUCGAGAUCCUGUUUCAAGACAAUCAAAUCAGCUUGAGACAUCUAACACUUAACAUUAUCCUUGACUGAUAGACAUCUUCAUAUACUCCAGCAGUGCUUGAGCGUAGCCUCACUCUGCGGCCUCUCAUUUGAUCCUCUGUCAUGCGUUACUCCUGCAUUGUGUCUGUUUUUGUGGGGAAGCAAGUCCCAGAUGUAUUGAACUUAUAGAGAGAGAGAGAGAACCACAGGUUAAUGGUUCCACUCUUGGCCAUGUCAAGAAAUGUUGCCUCUCAGUUGUGGUUGAAGUGUGUGUAUGUGUUAGUGCUGGUUGUGGGAUACAUCCUAAAUUGCCUUACUGUUUUUCCAUUUGCAUAAUUGAAAUCAUCGGAGUUAAUGAUAGUCUGGCACUCUCGUCCAGCCCUUUGUAAAAGAAAAGCUUGAUGUUUCAGUGUUAGAAGGUCUUUGUUCUUCUUAUAAGAAAUGAUAUAUAAAUAGAAAUAGAAAUUUUAGCUUGUGUUAGCAUGUUUUAAAAAUGUUCCAUCAAAGUCGAUAUAUCUGCCUGCUGUCUUUUGAUUAUGAAAUACAAUAAUGUUCAAAGUUUUUAUUUUUGUUUGUUUGUUUGUUUGGAAAGAAAUUAAUACUUUUAUUCAGCAAGGGCAUAUUUGAACUUUUGAACUUUCUAUUCAUCAAAGAAUCAAAGAAUUCUGGGGGAAAAAACGUAUCAUAGUUAAAAAAUAUUAAGCAGCACAUCUGUUUUCAACACUGAUAUUAAUAAGUUCUGAAAGAUCAUGUGACACUGGAGUAAAAAUUCUGAAAAUUCAGCUUUGCCAUCACAGGAAUAAAUUACAUUUUAACAAGUUAUUUUAAUUUUUUUUAUAAAUAUUAUUAAUUGUCAUUGCUGUUUUUGUUGUUACUUUGAUGAAAUAGGAAUGCAACCUAUGUGAGCAUAAGAGACUUCUUUAAAAAAUGUAAAAAAAGAAAAAAAAAAGAAAAAAUCUUACUGACCUCAAACUUUUGAAUGGUAAAAGAGAAAAGGUUAAUAAAAAACAUUUAUAUAAUAUUAGUAAAAAAAAAAAAAAAAAAAAAUUAAUAUUAUUACUAAUAUUAUUACUACUAAUAUAAUAAAUAUUAUUUUAAAUUAAUACAACUAAUAUUAUUACUAAUAAUAUUAUUAAUAUUAUUUUUUCACAAACAAAUUUAGAGAUUCUGGGCUUCCAAGCAUUAAAAAAAAAUUAGUCAAAUGCAUAAAUGUAAAAACCAUGCGAUCAAUCUCAUCAGAACAUGAGGCUUUAGAUAACUAACUGAUAUUGCAAAUGACUAUAUACAGUCCAUCACCUCAUGGGAAAAGAUUGCAUAGAUGUAAUCUUUAACUAAUGAGUCUCACACUAAUGAGGCUUCCUGUGUGAAAAAGCUUUUUACUAUUGCAUGGCGCUGUCACUAAAUCUACCGAAGCAGGGAUGUGUCUCGUCAAAGAUUCUAUUUAUAUUUAAAUUACAUUUAUUGAUUUGGCAGGCACGUUUAUCCAAAUAAUUUACAGCACAUUCAAGUUAUAGUCCAGUUUAUAAGGCUAUUUGUAUUCCCUGGGAAUCAAACCCAUGACUUUGGUGUUGCUAAACCUGAGCAAAAGGUAUAGGCCCUAUUGUAUGAAGUCGCAUGACAACUAUUAUCAAUAUAUUAUUAUUAUUUGGCUAUUACAUUACACUUGUUUCUCAUUAGACUAAAAAAAACCUUUGUAGAAGAAAACUAUAAGGAGAAAGAAACCGUUUUUUAUGCCCUGCCAUAUGGUAAGAAAAAUAUUACCAUUAUUAGCCUAUCAUUGCUGAGAUUUUUUUUUUAUCAUAUUCUUAAUAUAAUAAAUAUUAUUUUAAAUUAAUACAACUAAUAUUAUUACUGAUAAUAUUAUUCAUAUUAUUUUUACACAUACAACAUAAGGGAUUCUGGGCUUCCAAGCAUAAAAACGUCUGUCAAAUGCAUAAAUGUAAAAAACAUGCAGUUAAUCUCAUCAGAACAUGAGGCUUUAGAUAACUAUCUGAUAUUGCAAAUGACUAUAUACAGUCCAUCAGCUCAUGGGAAAAGAUCUCAUAGAUGUAAUCUAGUUAAAAUCUUUAAUGCCACACCUAUGAGGCUUUCUGUGUGAAAAAGCUUUUUACAUUUAUGGCGUUGUCAUGGUGGUCUUGAUAUAAUGUGCGUGUCAGUCAUCAAGAUUCAACUAUUCUAGACCUCUCACACAUUUAACAUCUAGCCUAUACCUGCACUGCUAGCACCCUGUGUCUGAUUCUGUUGUUUUGUUAUGGACACUGUAUGUAUGCUUAUGUUGAGUAAGAGAUGUUAGGAACUUCUUUGGGACUAAGCCUUAACUUUGCCAGUAAUAUGAUUUGUGCAUUUUUGUAAGUUGCUUGGUAAGAGAGCAUCUGCUAAGAGUGUCAAAUGUAAAUUUUAUAUCUGGAGAAUUGACAGAAUUACUGAAGGAGGAUUAGAGAAUAAGAAAAGAGGGAGGAGAGAGGGAGGGACUGGGAGGAAGAGAGGGGGUCUUCUGUGAAAGCAUCUGAUCUCAAGAUGUGGAGACUUCUAAUCAGGAAAACAAAUAAGGAAGAUUACUGAAGAGGUUUUUUGACUUUUACUGACAAAACGCAGGAUAAAGCAUUUGGACAGAUUCUUCACCAGCAUUAACUUAUUCUUAACUAAACAUUCUCGCAAAUACGUUGAUACGCUCGGAGUGUAAUUUUUGUGAAUCCAGUGAAUGCAAUGUGUUCUGGAAAAAUGUGGAACUGUUUAACAGAUUUCUUCACCUAUGAGACGACCAAGUCCGUGGUGGUAAAGAGCUGGACCAUUGGCAUCAUCAACCGUGUCGUCCAACUCCUCAUCAUAACGUACUUCAUUGGCUGGGUGUUUUUGUAUGAGAAAGCAUAUCAAGUGCGAGACACAGCGAUCGAGUCAUCAGUGAUGACUAAAGUGAAAGGUUUUGGAGAGUAUAACAACCGGAUCAUGGAUGUUGCCGAUUAUGUCACACCUACUCAAGGGGCGUCAGUUUUCUGCAUCAUCACAAAGCUCAUCACCACAGAGAACCAAGUUCAAGGAAACUGUCCAGAGAGUGAGAUCAAAUUCAAAUGUGUGAAUGACACUACUUGUAAGAGGCAGAUGUCAAAACCAUCUAGCAAUGGGUUGCUGACAGGACGAUGUGUGAACUUCAAUGCUACCCUCAAAACCUGUGAGAUCAAAGGAUGGUGUCCUGCAGAGAUUGAUGAAAUUCAACCAAACCCCAUGAUGGAGGUGCAGAACUUCACCAUCUUCAUCAAGAACAGCAUUCGCUUCCCACGUUUUAACUUUACAAAGGGAAACUUUUUGCCCAAUAUCAAUAGUUCCUAUAUAAAGCAAUGUAAAUUUGACUUUGAGAGUAACAUGUAUUGUCCAAUAUUCAAAGUUGGUGAUGUGAUCCGAUUUGCACAACAAGACUUCACCACUCUUGCUAAAAAAGGGGGAGUGAUAGGGAUAAAAAUAGCGUGGGUGUGUGAUUUAGACAAGGCAGAUGAUGAGUGUAAGCCCGCCUACUCCUUCACUCGUCUGGACGCCAUGUCAGAGAAGACCACUGUGUCUCCGGGAUACAACUUCAGGUACGCAAAGUAUUUUAAAAUGGAGAACGGAACUGAGUAUCGCACUCUGCUGAAAGCCUACGCCAUCAGAUUCGAUGUGCUGGUUAAUGGAGAUGCUGGAAGAUUUGACAUGAUACCAACUCUAAUCAACAUGGUUGCUGCCUUCACCUCUGUUGGUGUGGGUACAGUGCUUUGUGAUAUAAUUCUGCUGAACUUCUUGAAAGGAGCUGACCAGUACAAGGCCAAGAAAUUUGAAGAGGUAUCAGAUUCACAUAUUCAGAGCACUUCUUCAUUGUACAAGACCAGGAACCACAGCCAGCUGUCAAUCAAACCUGAUGAGAAGUUCUCAACUGACUCCGGAGCAUUUUCCAUUGAACGUUAUAGUUAAUAAUGCCCACCACUGCACUUGGGAAGGAUUGCAUAUAUAUAUACACAUUUUAAUUUUUCCCCUAAUUUUACAUUUAGCUUAAGCAUUAAAAAUAUUUUAUAAUUAUCUUCAAACCAAAUUAAACUCAGUCAAAAUGUAUUAUUUGCACGACUGAGCGAAUAUCAAAAAACGUUACUUUUUUUUUGUAACUAAUAGUAUUAAGUAAAUACUUAAAUUCUGCUAUGUAUGCUCACAGUGUUAGCACGACCUUUAUACAACUAUUAAUUAGUUAAAAAAUAUUUAAUAAUUCAUGUGAUUAUUUAGUAGACACUCAAAUGUAGCUAUGCAACUGUGUUUCUUUUUUUUUUUUUUAUUUUGUAAAUAUAAAGUUAUUGUAAAAGAGUAUUACUCUCACUUUUGGCCAAGUGUUGAUGAAAAUGUAUUUGCAUGAUCAAAUUUUUCUCAACUUUUCUAAAUGUCAGGAUUAUUUUUGGUUCAUUGUGUUCUGUUUCUCUUCUCUGUGACGGUUUGCCUGAGGGGCCGUUUACGCGACACAAAUUUCAAAUAAAAAUGGAAAACUUUUUUUGCAUUUUGGCCGCUCAUAUAGAUUUUGGAGGCCUGAAAACGCAAACUUUUGAAAGCGGGUUUUUGAAAACGAUAUCAUCUCUGUAAACUACAAAAACUUUGUGCAAAUUUGUGAAAACAGUGACGUUAUGCGCAUGUGUAUUACGUGUUCAGUCUAUAGGUGCAUAGUGUUUCUUUACAUCGCCAACUACUGGCCUGGCAUGCAUAAUACAGCGUUUCUAAUCGAAUCCAUGUGAACAGAGAUAGUUUUGACAACAUUGUUACACGAAAAACGCAAAGGAAAUGUUUUUUGUUCCGUUUUUAGUACAUCGUUGUCGUGUAAAUGUACCCUGAUUUCUUUCGGUUAGUUGUAUGUUUCCAUGGUUAAUCAUUAGCACACCUGUUCUUAUGUUAAUCACUCUGUAUAUUUAAGCCCUUAGGUCAUCUCAGUACUUUAUUCGUUCUCCUGUUUGUAUUAUGUGGUUGUGUUCUAUUUUGAUGUUCCGAGUUAGGCUAUAUUAUAAUAAAGAGUUUUUCUGUUA